AUGUCGUCGACAGUACCACUCGCAGGCCCACCCGCAGGGGGACCGCCUCCUGGGGCACCAACGCCGCAACAACGGAACAACUUCAACUAUAUGGCCCUCACUUCCCUUGUCCUUGUAAGCUGGGAGAUCAUUCUCCACGCUGCCCAAGACUUCAAGUAUCUCCGAGCCAAAGGGUGGUGGAAGCGCCCCGUGCUGUGGGCAUACUUCCUACAGCGUUACGGUGCCUUCAUCGUAAUCAUGUCGCAAGUCAACAUCCGUCUCGGAAACCCGUCGAACUGUUAUGCGUUUGGCAAGGUUUCUUUGACCUUCGGAGGCGCCGUCGUCCUUCCUUCGGUUUCCUUGAUCUAUCUUUACCGAGUCCUCGCUAUCUGGAACAAGAAAGCUGUUGUAAAAUACAGCCUCAUCGUUCUAUGGGUGCUGUGUUUGGCAGCUUCGCUUACCGCACCGUUCUCCCAAGACGCCGGUAAUAAUCCCAACGGACCCGGAUGCACCAUUGUUCGAAGCGAGAAGUGGGCCCCGACGUCUUUCAUAGCCAAUGCUGUCUAUGAUACUGUGAUCUUCUUCUUUACGGUCUAUAAGCUGGUUGUCAAUCGCCACCAAUACAAGAACUUCCGCUCACCUCUCCAAACCACCCUCUUGCGAGAUGGCGUCCUCUACUUCGCGGUCGCAGUCAUCAUCGGUAUUGUGGACAUUGUCUUUUUGAUGGCAGUGAAGAAUCCAGUCGUCUCUUCGACCGUUAUCCCCCUCCACAUUGCACUCACAUCAAUCAUGACCACUCGACUCGUCAACAACGUUUUCCAUGUUGUCCGCGAAGGGUCCACGCCAGAGUUCCUUUCGGAGACCAAGAACACGUCGUCAGGAACGGCGAGACCCGUCCAGAGUUAUGGCAGGGCUACCGGCGCGUCGUCCUCUUCGAGGACCGUCAUUUUCAUCGGCAGCGGCGUUGGCACCGAUUACUUCGACAAAAAUGGUACUCGAUCCAACUUUGAUCAUCAGGAGUCCCAUAUUUCGUUCGAGAAAGGGGCCCGCGAUGACCAGACGUAUUCGAUCCCUAUGCAGUUGAGAGUCACAACGGAAACUGUUUCGAAGGUUUGA